AUGCGCUACAUUCUGGUCUCGGGCGGUGUGAUUUCCGGUGUCGGAAAGGGCAUUAUUGCCUCGUCCACCGGCCUGCUUCUCAAAACCCUCGGACUCCGAGUGACCUGCAUCAAAAUCGAUCCUUACCUGAACAUCGAUGCCGGCACCAUGAAUCCCAAGGACCACGGAGAGUGCUUUGUCCUGGACGACGGUGGCGAGUGCGAUCUGGACCUUGGACACUACCAGAGAUACCUGGGCAUCAACCUGUCCCGAGACCACAACAUCACAACCGGCAAGAUCAACUUGGAAGUUGGUCUGCGGGAGCGCCGCGGCGACUACUUGGGCAAAACCGUCCAGGUCGUUCCCCACGUCACCAACCUCAUCCAGGAGUGGAUCGAGCGCGUUGCCAGAAUCCCCAUCGACGAGUCGGGCGCCGAGCCCGAUGUCUGCAUUGUUGAACUUGGCGGCACAGUCGGUGAUAUCGAGAACAUGCCCUUCGUUGAAGCCCUCACACAACUCCGCCACAGGAUCGGCAAGAACAACUUUGUCAACAUCCAGGUCUCAUAUGUUCCCGUCAUCAACGGCGAGCAAAAGACAAAGCCCACCCAGCACGCUGUCAAGAGCAUACGCAGUGCUGGUCUCAUCCCCGAUUUGAUUGCCUGCCGUUGCGAGCGUCCCCUCGAACCCGAUACCAUCAAGAAGAUCGCCCUUCACUGCCAGGUCGAGACUGAGCAGGUGAUUGCCGUCCGAGACAUGCCCACCGUAUACCAGGUGCCUCUGCUCCUCAAGGAGCAAGGCCUUUCCGAUGUUCUAGGCGAGCUACUGGCGCUGGACAAGGUAACACCCGAGCCGGCCCAAGUCAAGAUGGGUGCAGAGAUUUGGCAGAAGUGGAAGGAUGUCAUCUCAAAGACGUACACCGAGACGGUCGACAUUGCCCUGGUUGGCAAGUACGUCGAGCUUCACGACAGCUACCUCAGUCUCUACAAGUCGCUGGAGCACGCGGCUAUUUUCUGCAAGCGCAAGCUGAACCUGAUCUGGGUCAACUCGGAGCACCUCGAGAACUCGACCCGGGAGGUUGACCCCGCCCUGUACCACAAGGCGUGGCACGAUGUCUGCUCAGCAGCCGGCGUGGUUGUCCCCGGAGGUUUCGGCGAGAGAGCGACCGAGGGCAUCAUCAAGGCCACCCAGUGGGCGCGAGAGCACAACACGCCCUGGCUGGGUAUCUGCUUCGGCAUGCAGCUGGCCGUCUGCGAAUUUGCGCGCAACGUGUGCGGACUUACCGGGGCCACUUCCGAGGAGUUUGAGGAGCAGGCCGAGCACCCCGUCGUCAUCUUCAUGCCUGAGGGCUCCAAGGAGACCAAGGGCGGCACCAUGCGCCUUGGCCUGCGCACCACGCACUUCCAGCCGGGCAGCGAGGACAGCAAGCUCCGCGCCAUGUACGGCAACGCCGACGUUGUGGACGAGCGCCACCGUCACCGCUACGAGGUCAACCCGGCCUAUGUCGACGAGCUCGAGAAGGCUGGUUUGUCCUUUGUCGGCAAGGACGAGACCGGCAGGCGCAUGGAGAUUAUCGAGAUCAAGAACCACCCCUACUUCGUCGGCGUCCAGUACCACCCCGAGUACAUCAGCUCGCCGCUUACUCCAUCCCUCCCGAUUCUCGGCCUGGUGGCCGCCGCCCUCGGAUGCCUCGACGAAGUCACCAAGGAGGUUUGCCUGGAGAGAACCCGCAACAAUGGCACCGUGAACGGCACUGCUUGGGUGUGA